AUGUCUUUAUUCAAGGCUGUGACGCCUACAAACAGCAUUACAAUGCGAUGGGCUCCCAAAAACAUCAUACCUCCCGUCGCAAGUCGCUACCUAAACGCUCCCUCCCAUCCAAUCCGACCCAAGAUCGUCCAUCUCUGCGGGCACCGAGAUCGCAAUACAUUAUGGUGGCGGGUCUCUGUGGCACAAAUCCAGCAACACAAGCGUGUGGUUCGUUCCUGGUGUGCACGUCGAGUGCGUGUUGCUAUUGAGCAGGCUCUCAAGCAGCAUGGGUUGGACACAUUCGGGAAAUCGCUCAACUCGGAGUCUGCUCCAGGCAGGACUAGUGUGACGGGGACUCUGGAUGUACUCAUUCAGCCGCCUUGCAUGGCUCAGAAAAUGGAUUCGCUUCAGGAAGAUGCCAACAAUUUAGUAUCUUCGUUUCUGGAACAUGAAGCAGCGCACAGGGUCAAUGAGCAACAGCCCAAGUCCAAGUCCAAGUCCAAGGCUAAAACACGGAAAUAG